UCCUACAGUACGUCCUUUCGUUCGUUCUCGUCGUUUCGGUGAAUCGAUCUCGCCACCAAACCCGACCACCCGAUCCCCCGGACAGCCGGAGAGCGAACGAGCGAGGCGAAGCGGCGACGCCUACCGCAACUAUGCUCAGGGUCGCAGGUCGACGCAUAUCCUCCCACCUCGCAUGGCGCCCCGCCGCGGCCGCCUCCGCCGGCAGGACCCCCCUCGUCGGCGGCCUCCCAGGCGAGGACUUCCCCUGGGAUCAGAAUCCGCGCUUCGCCAUUGAAUCCCCCUUCUACGUUGCUGCCAGAGGCUUUUCGGCUGAAUCUCUUGUUCCGAGGAGCCAGGAUGUAGGGUUGGCUGAGCUCCCAGCAACUGCGGCUGCUCUGAAGAAUCCCUGUGCCAAAAUUGUCUACGACGAGUAUAACCACAAGAGGUACCCACCUGGUGACCCCAGCAAGCGUGCCUUUGCCUACUUUGUGUUGAGCGGUGGGAGAUUUGUGUAUGCCUCGUUGUUGCGUUUGCUCGUCCUAAAGUUUGUCCUGAGUAUGUCAGCAAGUAAGGAUGUGCUUGCGCUUGCUUCCCUUGAGGUUGACCUGUCAAGUAUUGAGCCCGGUACCACUGUGACUGUAAAGUGGCGGGGCAAGCCAGUUUUCAUCAGGCGCAGGACUGAAGACGAUGUGAAGCUGGCCAAUAGUGUUGAUGUUGCAUCUCUCCGUGAUCCACAGGAGGAUGCGGUGCGUGUCAAGAACCCUGAGUGGCUUGUUGUCAUUGGUGUCUGCACUCACCUGGGCUGCAUUCCCCUGCCCAACUCUGGGGACUUCGGUGGCUGGUUCUGCCCAUGUCAUGGCUCACACUACGACAUCUCAGGUAGAAUCAGGAAGGGACCAGCACCCUACAACCUGGAGGUCCCGACCUACAGUUUCUUGGAGGAUAACAAAAUGCUUAUCGGCUAAGAGCACUGACUGUAGGAUGAAUCCUAUGGUGCUGUGCUGUCAUUUGUGUCGGUUUGAUAAUUCACCUUUUUGUUGCUCGGAUAGUCCUUUGAUGGAUUGUUAUCAUAGUGCUGUACUCUUACUAGCACUGGAUUGUAAAGAAUAAUCUGUUGCUACUUUGGCAUUAUUAAUCAAUUUCCAGAAAAUA